GGUAAACUUUCAGAGAGGAGCAGCAGCGUCGAUCAGCUGCGCUGGCACGCGUAGGUAGCCUCCCCCCCCCCCCCCCACCCUCGAGCGACUGUGAUACAGCUGCCUUGUUCACGAGCAGGAUCGCACCAGCGUCGCACGAUCACAUGCGUCCUUGCACGAACAACCAUCGCCAGGCGCUGGCCCGUGUAAACAUGGAGGAUCAAGCGAGACGCUAGUCGCAGAGCGAAGAGGAGCCCUGAGGAGUCAUGUUCAAAAUAGAAUCUUACGUGACUCCCUUGAUCCUCAGUUACGUGAGCAAGUACGUCAAAAAUAUUCGGCCAGAGGACUCACAGCUAUCACUGUGGGGUGGUGAUGCUGUCUUCAGCAACUUGGACCUGCGACUUGAAGCAUUAGAGCAAGAACUGCGGCUUCCUUUUCGCCUCGUCAAUGGCCACAUUCACGAGCUGCGCAUCCAUGUGCCAUGGACUAAGCUUACCUCAGAGCCAGUUGUCAUCACCAUCAACACCAUUGAGUGCGUGCUACGGCUUGGUGAAUCUUCAGCCAGCUCCUCUUCGUCCUCUGUGUCAUCAACACCUUCAACAACUCGGUUUAGGCGAGUAAGUUCCGCUCGUGCCAUCAGCCCUGAUGGCAGCAGCUCUUCACAGACCCUCGCUCAGCCCCCUGGUGGUUAUCUGGGCGGCCUGCUGCAGCGUGUGCUACACAACAUAACUAUCGUCCUUAACAAUGUCAUCCUCAAAUACGCUGAGGAGGAUCUCGUCCUCUCACUCAACGUCAAGGCCGUCGAAGUGGCCUCCGCCGAUGCGUCUUGGCAGCCGGCGUUUGCGCAGCUGGCCACGGAAAACCCCGUGCUGCGCAAACUUGUCUCCAUGGAAGACGUCACCGUUUGCCUGGACAAGCGUGAUGCCAGUGGCAAGAUCGAGGCAUACCAGGAACCCCUGCUGUACCGGUGCUUCGUGAUGGGGCGGCUGCACAUGCGUUACGACGGGACUGGGCGUCCAAGUGCACUGCGGUUUCACGUGUCGUGUGAGCGGCUCGACUUGUCGCUGACCGACCAACAGCUUCCCCUGUUUGUGCGCCUCCUGGAGCUGUGCCUGGCACUGUACUAUGGCCGCCUCGCUUGCAGUCCCACGGAGGAAUCUCGGGAUGCACCGCCGUCCGACCAGUCGCAGUCCCCGACAUCUUGGGUUUCCUCUAGCACCACUCCCGCUGAGGGUGAUCCUGGCAGUGAUCAAGGCUGGGGAGCUUGGGCGUGGUCCAUGGUGCCACAGAUUCUGCCCACUUGGGAAGAAGAGGCCGCAGGGAUGGAUGACAGCGUUGGAGACCCAGCAGCAUUGAUGGACACUGGCUGGCCCACGUUGUACCACGUGGGCUGCUACGUGGCGAAAGCGACUUGCGUCUUCAAGACGACGAGGGAAGAUGGUUUCGCAGGUCGCAUCUCUUCGUCACGGCGACAAAACAUGACCGGGCGACCGCUUCUGCAGCUGGAGUUGCAUGGCGCCACAUGCGAAAUGGCGCUGCAGGGGCUCACGUGGGUGCACCUCCAAGUGGGGGUCACAGGGGCAGCAAUCUCUGGGUCUGAACGCUGCGCUUGUGGUUUUGACGAGGCAAUGCGACGCAACGGCAGGUCAAAGGGCGCAGCCAUGUAUCUGAGGGCUGGAGUCACUACAGGUGGCCACACCUACAACCACCUGACAGGCUCGCUCUUUGAUCCUCUGGCACCCGAGAACUCUGGUCAAGUUCGGGAGCCUGAGCCUGGUUUGGAUGCACACGUAGAACGGCUCACCGAGUUGGCCAUGGCCGAACGCUUCCCUGCCCUGUGCAUGGACUACCUGUACGAGCUGCAAAUUCCCGAGGACUGGGAUGAUUCAAAUGAAGCCGAGGAGCCCUGUACAGUCGCAUUUCUGGAGAGCUCCAACUGGGUCGAGCGUUCACUGUGUCGCUCCGUAAUUGGUCCCCUCGUUAUCGACAUCACGAGUGGAACAAUACAUCGCCUCGAAUGGAUGUUGGACUGUAUCACGAAUGGUCCUCCGAGGCCAACCUACGGACAAGAGGAAGGUGUGUGA